AAGCGACUGGUCGGUUGUUCGAGUGGAUGUGCUUGGUGCCGAAAUUCAUGCUUGUGUUUUGUAAUAGUAAUGUAAUCACCAGCCUCUAAAAUAGUAAAACGUGGAAUUCCUCUUAUCAAUAUGAGACUGGAUUUCGACGAGGCCCUCGAGAAAGUCGGAGGUUUCGGCUUCAUCCAACGCUAUCAUUUCUCGGUGCUCAUGCUCGCACAAAUUGCCCACGCGCCGUCAUUCAUUUCCGUGGCGUUCGUGGGGAAGGAACCGGAAUUUACAUGCAAAGGACGGGCCGCCGGGGACCCUUGCAAACUGGACCCACCAUGUACAGAGUUUGUCUACAGCACGGAUUUCACGUCAAUUGUUUCUGAGUGGGACCUGGUCUGCGAUCGCAAAAGAGAAGCCAGCUAUGCGCAGUCGCUGGUCAUGCUGGGAUUUCUGGCCGGAGUUAUUGUCCUUGGACGGACGUCGGACAUGUACGGUCGCUUGAAGACGUACGUCGGGGGCGUGAUAUGCCUCGUAGCCGUUCAGUUAGCUUCGGGAUUCUCCCAGAAUAUAUAUCAGUAUUUUUUUUCAAGAUUUUUAGUCGGGUUCUUUUCUGGAGGAGGCACACUGGCGGGUCACAUACUGAUGUUAGAAAGUCUGGUAUCCAGACAUCGAGCUUUACUCAGUACUAUCUACCACUGUGGCUUUGCAGUAGGUCUAGCGGUGUUAGCAGCAAUGGCGUACUACGUCCGAGACUGGAGACAGUUGACUUUUGUAACCUGUUUGCCCAUGGUGACCAUCAUUGCCAUUCCAUUGGUGAUUCCCGAGUCGGCCCGGUGGCUCGCAUCCAACGGCCGUAUCGAAGAAGCCAAGGAACAACUCAUGUACUUCGGUAAAAAGAACGGACUGAGAAUGAAUCGAUCCAUGAUCGCCUUGACGGACAAAACCGUCGAGGCGAAGGGCAAGAGUUCAUCCGAGGGCGCCAUGGCCUUGUUCCGGACACCUGUGCUCCGACGAAGAAUGAUCACGCUGAUGAUAAUUUGGUUUAGCUGUUGCCUUGCAUACUACGGUCUUACCUUCGGUGCAAGCAGCUUGGGAGGAAACAUCUACCUCAACUUUGCGCUGUCCGGGAUCGUCGAGGUACCGGCUGGCCUCCUCAGUAUUUUCGUUUUAAAUUGCAUAGGUCGACGUCCAACCAUAGCAGGGUCACUCUUUGUGGUUGGUUUUGCUUGUCUUGGGGUCAUGGCACUACCCAGGUCGGAAGAUGGCGCGAUGUCAACAUAUCAAACUUGCCUCGCACUCAUCGGUAAAAUGGGAGUAUCUGUUGCCUUCAACUCAGCCUAUCUCUACUCAUCAGAAAUACUACCAACAGUCCUAAGAAAUACCGCCAUUGGUGUGUGUUCCAUGUCUGCCCGUAUUGGAGGAAUCCUUGCACCAACUCUUCCGCCAUUUGGAGACAAGGUUGCGUAUUUUCUGUUCGGCGUGACGACGUUAUUCAGUGCCUUGUUAAACCUGACCCUGCCAGAAAGUCUGAACAAGCAACUUCCGGAGACUGUCAUGGAUGUCGAGAAUGGCAUGACCACGACUGUUUCUCAUUCGGAGAAACGGAUCGGAAUGAGCUAGCAGAGCUGGAGAAUUAUCUUAAAAAGAAGUUGAGUGAUAUAUUUUUUUAUGCAAUGUUUAAAUUGUUGAGUAGACUGAUCUAUAGAACAAUAGAGAGUUUAGGC